CCGUUUGGCUUCCGAUAUCAGUUAACGGUGAGAAAGGCGAACGUGCAAAAUUUAUAACUUUCGGAAAUAACAUUUCCUCGGUUUUAUUGUCGCGAUGAAGUGCCUAGUGUUGGUCGCUAUUUUGAUUGCUUUCGGUGGUCUGGUGUACUGUCAGAGUAACAAUUACUUUUUCGGUUCCAAAACUCCGUACGAUGUUAUGCUGAACCGCACUAUCGCCACCAAGUCCUCAUCGAUGCUACAGGUCAAGACCAUGGAUUUGGUGUACCCGCUCAAGGGUCAAAUUGGUCGCAAUAUAACCGCAAUCAACAUCACUGAUCAGUACAUCAACGGUAAGGGUGGCUACGCUUUCCUGCAGGCCGGUGGUCCCGGCUAUAACUACACGACGAUUCAUUUGAAAUCGCAGCGGGGAAAUGGAUUUAGUUUUAUUGUGGAGAUUUACGGCCGUUAAGAGUGACGCCACUGUGGAGCGGAAUGCCGCGUACUUUUCAUUUGUCCUAAUCAUGAUGUGAUAAGAGCAGGGGGAGUUUAUUAAAAAGAUAAAAAGUGUACUUGUUGAAAGUAAUUGGCAAGUGCGGUUACCAAGUAUUGAGAUCUGUAAUAAAUCUGUUUAUAAAACACGCA